AAAGCGAAGGGGACGGCACGAGAGCUGUCACUCUGGUGCUGAAAGAGGCGUACUGAGGUUGCGCGGUCUCGUUCGUUUGUCCCUUCUUUCGUUUUCCGUGCGCACAUCACUGGCACUCGUGUCAUCGCUUUUCUUCCAUCACAGAGAAAACCAAUUUUCCCUGUCGAAAAUGUACAGGUAUCUCGGAGAGCUUCUCACUCGUGGAGCGGGUAGUGCUCUGGCUUCAGGAUGUGUCGAGUCUGCACUGCCGGCUUCCUCAUCUUUAAUGAGGGUUCGUCAUUACAGCGAUGCGACGGAUAAAGAUGAUGAUCCCAAUUUCUUCAGAAUGGUGGAGGGCUUCUUUGACCGUGGUGCCGCAAUAGUGGAGAACAAGCUGGUUGAAGAUCUGAAGACAAGGGAAACGCCAGAGCAGAAGAGACACCGGGUGCGGGGAAUUCUCAGGAUCAUCAAGCCUUGCAACCAUGUACUGAGUGUAUCUUUUCCCAUUAAGCGAGACAACGGAGAAUGGGAGGUAAUUGAAGGCUACCGGGCACAGCACAGUCAACACAGAACUCCUUGUAAAGGGGGUAUCCGAUACAGUAUGGAUGUGUCUGUGGAUGAAGUCAAAGCCUUGGCGUCACUAAUGACUUAUAAAUGUGCUGUUGUGGAUGUUCCUUUUGGGGGUGCUAAAGCUGGAGUCAAAAUCAACCCCAGAAAUUACUCUGACAAUGAGUUGGAGAAAAUCACAAGAAGAUUCACCAUUGAGCUUGCCAAAAAGGGCUUCAUUGGCCCUGGUAUUGACGUGCCUGCCCCAGACAUGAGCACUGGUGAGAGGGAGAUGUCCUGGAUUGCUGACACUUAUGCUAACACUAUUGCCCAUACUGACAUCAACGCUCAUGCCUGUGUGACCGGGAAGCCAAUCAGCCAGGGUGGCAUCCAUGGCAGAGUGUCUGCCACGGGCCGCGGGGUCUUCCACGGCAUCGAGAAUUUCAUCAACGAGGCAUCCUACAUGAGCAAGCUGGGCCUCACACCUGGCUUCACUGACAAGACCUUCAUCAUCCAGGGCUUUGGAAAUGUGGGUUUGCACUCCAUGCGUUACCUCCACCGUUACGGUGCCAAGUGUGUGGGUAUUGCUGAGAUUGAUGGAAGCAUCUGGAACCCCAAUGGCAUAGAUCCCAAGGAGCUGGAGGACUACAAACUGCAACACGGCACCAUCGUGGGCUUCCCAGAUGCACAGCCUUAUGAGGAUAACAUUCUUGAGGCUCAGUGCGACAUCCUCAUUCCUGCCGCUGGAGAGAAGCAGCUGACCAGGAACAACGCACACAACAUCAAAGCCAAGAUCAUUGCUGAGGGUGCCAAUGGCCCCACCACACCUGAUGCUGACAGGAUCUUCCUGGAGAGGAACAUCAUGGUCAUUCCGGACAUGUACCUGAAUGCUGGUGGUGUCACUGUUUCCUACUUUGAGUGGCUAAAGAACCUGAACCAUGUCAGUUAUGGCCGCCUGACUUUCAAAUAUGAAAGAGAUUCCAACUACCACCUGCUGAUGUCUGUGCAGGAGAGUCUUGAGCGGAAGUUUGGUAAGCAGGGUGGCCCCAUCCCUGUAGUCCCCACUGCAGAGUUCCAGGCCAGAGUGGCAGGUGCCUCUGAGAAGGACAUUGUGCACUCUGGUCUUGCCUACACAAUGGAGAGGUCAGCAAGGCAAAUUAUGCGGACAGCCAACAAGUACAACCUAGGCUUGGACCUUAGGACAGCUGCUUAUGUCAAUGCCAUUGAGAAGGUCUUCAAGGUGUACAAUGAAGCUGGUCUAACCUUCACAUAAGCUCCACCUCUUCCUUCCAUCCACCAAAUCAGCCUUUCUUUCCCUAGCAGCCCCUAGACCCAAAUCAAAUCACAUCACGACUUUUCAUAUUGACAACCAUAUUGUCUCCCCACUAGAUUGUCACACUUCUUCACAGAGCGCCAAAACAUGUUGUGUUUGUUGUUUUGUUUUUUAGAGAAUCUGUGCCAUUUGGCCAUUCUAAAGCUGUAGUUUCCACAUUUUGCAACACUGUUUUAGCAUGUAGCUUUCAGUCUGGAAACAAAGCUGGCAACACUGUUGUGCAGUACUUCAUGUUGUUUUAAUGUUAUUCAGUCCCAGUCUAUCACACGAUUGUGGUAGUUUUUAUAUUGAUUCAUCGUUAACUAAUGUGGUCCUAUCCAAAUACUGUGGUAGCACACAGGUAAUGUGUGUUGUUUUCUGUACUGACUCUGCUUUUAUCACACUAUAAUUUUGAGUGGCUCUGUAUCGAGCCAACCUCCAGUCAGACACGAUCAGUAUUUUUGUUUUUUUUUUGUUCUUUUGUUUUUUUUUUGUUCUUUGUUUCUGUCCUUGUCUCAAUCUGUCCUGCAGUGCAGCUAGAUGUUUCUGCUGAAUCACUGGACGAAAAUGUCCAGACUCCUGUUCUGUCUCACUACUUGUCUGGACCUGUCGUUCUACUCCAUCCCUUGUUAUGACGACAGUAUUUUUUUUGUUCUUUGUCAGCCAUCAAAACAAGUUUAAGGUGAAUUAUGUUAUGAUUUAUGAGACUUUGUUGGCCCAAACCUUGUGAACCCUAAUUGCUGUAGUAAUGAAAGACGUCACAAAAGAUGCCUUAGACAGAAGAGGUGGAGUUUUAUUCUCAGAGGAAUUAGUUUUACCCAGAAAUCCAUCCAAAACUGGUCUUGCUCAAAUUUUGCUUUGGGGACUUGGUGUAUCUGCCUUUCCCAUUUUAAAAUGAAUGAUUCAUUCACCCAGAUCUUGUGGGGAUUAAGCCCAUUGGUUGUUAACGCAUACUGAACUAAAUAUUACUGAACAUACUGAACUAAAUAUUAAAGACAAGGAAACCACAUAAGUCCUUCCCUAGGUAGAGGUAUAUAGGUGAGAGUAAGAACAAACCAUACAACCAAACUCAUUUACACCUUUAUUGGGAAAUUUUGAUUCUGAAAAUUUGUAUUGCCUUUUUAGCUGAGAAUUAAAAAAUAUCUAUAUUAAAAUAAAAUAAAUACAAUUGCCUCCUUGUCUGUCAA